AUGGACCGCGACCACCAACACUCAACAAAACAUAGGCGCUCUCAUGAGAAACACGGCGAAGAGAAAAGCAGGAAACGACACAAAUCUGAACAUGGAAGCAGCAAGAAACAUAAACGGGAAAGCCGUAAGAAGCUAGAAAUCACAGAUGAUGAUCCCAACGACGAGGACAUGUGGGUGGAGAAGAACAUUGACCUGGAUAGAGAAAACCUACUAGCGAACGAGAUUCCUGCAGCGGGGAGCUUGGAAAUAAUAUCACAUGCAGCUCCGUCAAAGUCGGAUCCAGACCUUCCACCAAGUCUCAGUGUGGAGACGCCUCUCAAGCGUGACGAAUGGAUGCUUUCACCUGCAACGGAAAGACUCGCAGCGCCGAGUUCAUCUAACCUCCAAGCUGGGCUUCCCACCGGCGAUGAGUCACUCACAGAAAGCUACGGUGAUUCUUCUCAUGGGUCAAGAACUCUUGGUGGCGGUGUAGAUUUCUUCUCUGGUCUUGGAACGGAAAGGAAGAAAAGUUCUCGGCUAGAAGUCCCUGAUCCUGACAAGCUCAAGGUUAGUUCGAAGGAGCUCAACGCUGAUAUCAGGGAAGGUCGGAAAAUCGACCACGAUGCCCCUCUUCCUCCACCCAAGUCUGUGACCCCCGGCGGCCCUGGCUCACAGUGGCGUAUGAUGCGACUACGCCGUGUAUACGAAACCGCCGAGGAGGAAGGGAGACCUGUAGAAGAGGUGGCCUUGGAGCGCUUUGGGACACUGCAGGCAUAUGAAGAGGCUAGGGAAGAAAGACGAGUUCUCGACGAACGCGAAGGCCGUCGCGGCGACCGGGGUCGUGGGACAGAUAGAAAGGGAAAGCUCAAAGAAAGCGAGGGAGGAAAACGCUUCAUGUUUACAGAUAUGGGUGAUAGUGGAACAUCAAGUCGAAGUUCAUCUUUUCGCAGGCCUGGUAAUUUUGACAAUAGUGCGCCAUCGACGCCAUCUCCCCAGUCCGGGCUGCCGGUGCAAAAGCGACUCGACUCUCUUCGAUUGCCGUCUCAAGCUGCCUCGCCCCUUGCACAGUCACAUACGCCCAUUCCCUCCGUUAUGACCCCUCCUGUCGCGACCGUGUCCUCGAGACGUGCCUUGUCUCCAUCUUCCCUGAACAAGCUUCAAGCGCGUGUACUGCGUGCAAAGCUCAUGGGCACAUCUGACGCGGAAGCAUUGGAACGGGAAUACGAAAACGAGUCAAAGAAAGCAAAUGGUGCGAUUGGCGAUGGAAAUGUUAGGACCAAAGUGGAGGUUCUACCUACUUUGGAUGCUCGAGGUCGCAUGUACGAUGUGGGUCAUGGUAAGGACGAUGGAAAAGCAUUGGCUGGUAAUCGAAAGAAAAAAGAGAAGGUCGAAACUCGAGAUCCUAAGACAGGUGACAUUGUUCGCUAUAAUGCAGAUGAUGACACCACGACUCUUGGAGAGAUGCUUCGGCAAGAGAGAUUCGGAGCUGGCAUGGAGGACCAAAAGAAUCUCGAUGCUCAGUUCGCAAAAGCCAUUAUGGGCGAUGGUAAAUUUGAGAAUGAUCUCGAUUAUAUGGACGAUAAUGCUGAAAAACUUGGCCGACAAAAAAUGCGUUCUGAUGCCAUGAAACGUCAAUUUGCAGUCCAUGACUACAAACGGACUCAAAAAGCUUUAGCUACCUGUCAAUUCUGUUUCGGAGAAGAUGAUUCUCCUCCUAAAGCACCUGUGAUUGCCAUGGGCACUCGGGUAUAUUUAUCUUGUACAACAGACGAGGAAUUACUCGAUGGUCACUGUUUGAUUGUGCCGAUACAACACCAUCUAACCAUGCUCGAAGGAGAUGAUGAUGUAUGGGACGAAACCAAGAAUUUCAUGAAAAGCUUGAUGCGUAUGUUUGCCGAAGAGGACAAAGGCGUGAUUUUUUAUGAAACUGUAAUCACUCUAAAGUGGCAGAAACAUACAUGUAUAGAAUGCGUCCCGCUUCCAUGGGCUCAGUAUGAUGUCAUACCCGCCUAUUUCAAAGAAUCCAUCUUACAAUCCGAAGCCGAGUGGUCCCAACACAAAAAGUUAAUUGAUUUUGGAGCAAGACCGGGGGGCUUCCGGCGAGCAAUGGUCCCAAACCUUCCAUACUUCAUGGUUCAGUUUGAUCACAAGGGAGAGAAAGGUUAUGGACAUGUGAUCGAAGGUACCGGGGAAUCAGCUGCUGCUGGCGAGGAAGAUGGAGCCCUUGACGAAGGUGAAAAAGGUGGCGGCGACUUUCCGAGAUACUUUGCUGGUGAAAUUAUAGGAAACGUGCUUGACAUUGAACCGCGACGAUGGCGGCGACCGCGUCGGAUCGAUUUUCGUCAUAACAAGGACAGAGUCGAGCGGUUCAAAGAGAAAUACGACAAGUUUGAUUGGACUGGUAUGAUAGGCAGGUAAUAUUAAUGUCGACAUACAGACAAUAUUACAUUCAUUAUGAGUGCUACGUAUACAUUAUCGAACCUCAGUGUAGUCUACUGUGCUAUCGCAUGUUUGAGUGCUAUACUUUUUCUGGUAUGCCUUGGUUUGAAUCUGACUUGGACGCGGGAGGCCUUUGUG